AGCCCCAAAAUGGCGGCCGUGAAAGGACGUUGCUUCGUUGUGUCUCUACUUACGGACCUUGCUAUCGUCUAGAGAAUAAUCAAUAGAGAUUUUACAGUUACGUUUUUCCAAAUACGGUGAACAUUAAAGUUUAGCUUUUAAACCCAACAAUGUAACCUUAGCGGUCAUUGUAUCUGAAAAACGUUACAAAAAUUUUAUGAUGUAAAAAUACAUCACUCAAUAUUUGGUAUGAUAAGAAUCGAUGUCCAGAAGAGACGUAGUAAUUCUAUCUAUCUUUAUUCUCUAUGGUUUACGUAGCAAUAGGUCAGGUUGGGGAUUAGACUUUAAAAGUCUUCUGCAGAUAUAUAUUGAGGGAGGGAGUGUACUCGGAGCACACUCGUGUCUUGGCAUCGAAGUACUUCACGUUUGCCUUUUGCUCUUCGAUUUUCAACUGUCAGAAGUUUCUCUUCACGACCACUGUCGCGUUCCCGAGUAGUCAAGAUAUUUUUGUCGAUUUAACAUUCGAUUUGUGUUAUCAUCGUCUGCUGUAUUGCGGGAAGUCGAUUAAAAUGUCCAAUGACCAAACCGGCACAAACAACACAAUAUUUCUUUAUUCGCAUAGUGGCGAUAUGGAGGAAGACAGGAAACUAUUAGAACCAAUGUCCUAUAUGCUAAGAACCCCUGGAAAAGCAUACAGAACAACUUUGGCCAAAGCUGUUAAUUAUUGGUUAAGAAUACCAAAUGAUAAGCUCGAAGAUAUUAUUGAGAUUGUAAAUAUACUACAUACUUCAAGCAUUAUACUUGAUGAUAUUGAAGAUAAUGCUGUAUUAAGAAGAGGCAUUCCUGUUGCUCAUUCAGUUUAUGGAAUUGCUCACACAACAAAUGCUGCAAAUUAUGGAAUGAUCAUUGCUCUUGAAAGAACUCUAGCUCUACAACAUCCAGAUGCAGUAAAAGUAUUUACAGAACAAUUAUUGGAACUUCACAGGGGUCAGGGAUCAGAUAUUUAUUGGAGAGAUAAUCAUAUUUGCCCAACUGAGCUUGAGUACAAAAUUACAGUCGUAAGAAAAACUGGCGGCCUUUUCAAGCUGCUAGUAAGGUUAAUGCAGUUGUUCACAAAAUUCGAGGAAAACGUCGCGCCUUUGGCAGACAUGCUAGGAUAUCUCUUUCAAAUACGCGACGAUUACUGCAACUUGUAUGACAAACAGUACAGUGAUAUGAAAGGUUAUUGUGAAGACUUGACGGAAGGAAAAUUCAGCUUCCCGAUUGUUCACGCGGUCCAAUCCCAUCCCGAAGACAUGCAAAUACUCAAUCUGUUGAAGCAACGGCCGGAAGAAAUCGAGGUUAAGCGCAGAUUCGUGGACCUGCUGGAAAAUUUUGGUUCCUUCAAUUAUACAAGGAAGAAAAUCAAGGAGUUGGAUGCAGAAGUGAGGAAAGACAUCAAUAGAUUGGGCGGGAAUCCGCUGCUGAUAGAGCUUCUGGAUAAAUUAAUAGAAGUUGUCAAGAGUUGUGAUAAGGACUGUGAUGCUACUGCUGUACCUAAAUAAAUUCAACCGAGAAUUAGAGGCAGAGUCCAGGACAAAUUUUUUAAUUUAGAGUCAUUUUUAUAUUUUUCUAUUGCGUGAAAUAGCUUUAGAUCUGUCCGUAGUGCGUGAUGUAAUGUAAUAGAGUAUCGCACUUUUACCAUUGUACAAAAUAACAGUCGAUAUUAUUAAUGCCGACUUAAAUUUAUCGUUAAUGUUAACAGAAUUGGUGCUUCAAAGUAGACACUUGGUAUUUGAAUUUUAAAAAUGUGUGAAAGAUUAUUGUGUCCUCUCUCUGUCAACUUGUUUUUCCAUAUAAAUUAAGAAUGCAUGAUA